CAGCUACUUCAGCAGAGAGAUUUAAAAAGAAAAAAAAAAAAAAAAACAAAAAAAGAAUAAUUACCGCGUCGCCUUCAAUCUCAUCUAUCAUUCCCCAAAUUCAAGUGCCUAAGAAAGAGAGGACUGAAUUAUUGAAAGGCAAACAGAUUGGAUGCGGAUGCCAUAACAUUUCCAAUUCAUAUUUGUUGUUUGGUCUUGUUCGAGGGAGAUGGAGAUGGGUCAUCAGCAGACGUUCUGGUGCCACGAGUGCGACAUGAGCGUGAGUCUGCCGACGACGACGACGACGACGAGUGUUGUCUGUCCUCACUGCUUCAGCGACCUCCUGGAGCUGAUGGAUUCGAGUAGUGGCGACAAUUUCCAAGCUCCAGAAGCAUUCCGCCGCCCCCACGAUCAGGACAACUACCGCCUCAACAGCCCAGUCCUCCAACGGCUGAUCCACCGCCUCUCCGAGGACGACGUCGUCGUUCCGCCGCCCCCCGCCAAUACCUACUUACUGCCGGCUUCCAAGGCGUACGUAGACGUCAUCCCAACGGUGAGGAUGACGUCACGUUCCAUGUCGGUGUGCGCUGUUUGUAAGGAGCAAUUUGCGGAGGACGCGGAGGCUAAGCAGCUGGCUUGCAACCACGUCUACCAUCCUGACUGCAUUCUCCCUUGGCUUUCUUCCCGGAGUUCGUGCCCCCUCUGCCGCUAUCAGCUCCCCACCGACGACCACCACGCUCCUCCUCAACAAGACUCCCAACACCGAAUUCAACGUCUGGUGCAUUACCGACUUCAACUUCAACUCCAGCUCCAGCUCGACCGCUCAUCCUUUAAUGGUGGUUUACAGUAAUAUGUUUCUAGAGGAAACUGAAAGUUCUGUACUCGUAAAACUGGAGUGCAUUUCUGAAGCGAGCCGUUGUUCUACUUUUUCUUGUUUGCCUUUUUGGCUGGUUCAGCAAGUCAAUAACUAGAUCUUAUGAACGACAAUUGUGCACUAUUUCCACCUUCUCCCUCUCCCUCUCCUUUUUAGAGCCAGGGGUUUAAGUAAUCUGUAUACCUUUUUCACCUUCAACUUCAGUUAAUAAAUAGAAGACUUAAUUGUCUGCGUCUGUGGUUUAUGUUGAAUCAGAGUUGUUUCGACCUCUUUUUUCACUGUAUCAGUAAACCUUUGAUCUGAAUGCUCUUCCAUGCAUGAUGUCACUUGUAUUUGACACAGGCAAUUAAGGAUGUAUCUGUUCUGAAAUUGAAAAGUAACAGCUAUGCGGAUUCCAUCUAGAAUUCAAAUAACAGAUUAUUUUGUGGCCA